UGACAGCUGGAAAGUUAGCAUGUCCUCACUGCAUGGAGAAUACUAAGUCCUUCACUUUAAAAUACGGCAAAAAAAAUUCAUGGUUUGAUUGUCACCGUCGGUUCUUGCCGAUGGAUCAUCCCUUUAGGAGAAUGAAAAAUGCAUUCAAGAAGAAUACAAUUGAACAAGACUUUCCACCUCCAAUCGUACGGUGAGGAUAUCUGGGAGAGAGUUCAGAACCUCCCAAAGGUUACUGAAGAAGAAACUUACAGGUUUGAAGGGUAUGGGGUUUACCAUAACUGGACAAAACAGAGCAUAUUUUGGGAGUUGCCAUAUUGGAAGGACAAUCUUCUUCGACAUAAUCUUGAUGUCAUGCACAUUGAAAAAAAUUACUUUGAUAAUUUGUUUAACACAGUGAUGGAUGUGAAGGACAAGACCAAAGAUAACGUUAAGGCUAGAAUGGACUUGCCUGAGUAUUGUCGACGAAAAGAGUUAGAGUUGCAGCCAAAACAAAACAGGUUCUUCAAGCCUAAGGCUAGCUAUUCUUUCACAACCGAGCAGAAGCAUAAGAUUUGUGAGUGGGUCCGGGACUUGAAGAUGCCAGAUGGGCAUGCAUCAAAUUUUAGAACACGUGUUGAUCUAGACCAAGGGAGGAUACAGGGGAUGAAAAGUCAUGACUGUCAUGUUUUCAUGGAAACCUUACUCCCAAUUGCAUUUAGUGGCUUGCCUGAACGAAUCUGGAAACCUAUGACAGAAAUUAGUUUGUUCUUCAAAGACUUGUGUUCCAGUACGUUGAGGGAAGAUAACCUUUCUCGGAUGGAUUAUAAUGUUGUUGUUAUCACAAACAAGUUGGAGAAGAUUCUUCCUCCGGGGUUCUUUGAUGUGAUGGAACAUCUUGUCGUUCACCUUGUAUACGAAGCCCGACUCGGAGGCCCAGUACAAUAUAGGUGGAUGUAUCCUUUCGAGAGGUGUAUUGGUAAGUUAAAAAGGGCUAUCAAACAGAAAUCGAAAGUGGAAGGCUCAAUGUGCGAAGUUUAUCUUGCCAAGGAAACAUCUCAUUUCUGUUCUUACUACUUUGGGAACGAUGUGGCUUGUUUGAGAAACAGGCCUAAUCGACACUAUGACGGGGGUGUGAAUAAUUCUUUGCCGGAGCCGAUAUCAAUCUUUAAUCGACCAGGUGAUGGGUCAAAACGGCGUGUGCGACCAUUGAAUCAAAUGGAGGAUAAAUCGGCAUCCACACAUAUCUUGUUAAAUUGCCCAGAAGUUCAACCUUAUUAUGAUCUCUUUGUGGAGAUACAUGGCCAGGAAAAAGUGUACGACCAAUUUGCAACGUGGUUUAAAAAUUACGUUCACAAUACACCUUGUGGUUUUUAUGAACAAUUUUUGAAGGACUUAUCUUGGGGACCCAUUCGUACCGAUUGUAUGGACAAAUAUGUGGUUAAUGGUUUCAAAUUUAAUACCCAAGGAUGUGCUAACCAUAUGAAAACUAAUAACAGUGGUGUGUGGGUUAAAGGUGCUGAUGGUGUUGAUUUUUUUGGUGUAAUCGAAGAGAUUUUAGAAGUAGAGUAUUCGGGUUGGCCAACAAAAAAAAUUGUUUUGUUUCGGUGCAACUGGUUUGAUCCAACCCCAAAAAGAGGUACGAGGGUACUUCAAGAUUCUAAUAUCAUUGAAGUAAAGCACACACGGAGGUAUGCAGCUUAUGAUCCUUUCGUCAUUGCACACACCGUUAAGCAGGUGUACUAUGUCCCUUAUCCAUUGCGACAGGAUAAGUCAGAUUGGUGGGUGGUUAUUAAAACCAAGCCUGUUGGUCGUGUGGAAGUUGAGAAUGACCUGCCUGCUGCCUUUCAGAAUGACGACACAGCACACAUUAACGAAAUAGUCGACCCUGAGUUAGAAACUGAACUGGAGCAUGCAGAACAUAUGUUACAAGAAAUCGAUAUAGAAGAAGUUAAUGAAGUUUUAGAAGAAAAUGCUGAAAUUGGUGAAAGUGAAACAACCGACGAGGGAGAAUGGUCAGACGAGGAAGAAAGUGAUGAAGAUUAG